UGUAACGAUCGUGACGCUGUUCAAAACAGUAUAACACUGUACGUAAGGUAUUUGUGUAUUAUGACUUUAGUAUGAGAUAAACUUUAAUAGCAAAAUGGAUACUAAAUGUGAUUGUGUAUUUACCGUGUAUUAACUUAGUUUGCAUGAUAUGUAGUGGUAUAUGGAAAUAGACGAGAAGUCCGAACAUGCUAGCGAGUGGAGCUGGAAACUUAUCAACAUUGAAAGAUACUCGGUUUACGUUCGUGAGACUAUAAUCAGUUUAACGUAUACAUGUACUAACUGUUUCUCACGUUAUAUCUAAAUGUGUAUCACUAUGUUAUACAUGGAAUAUAUGUGUAUGUUUUAUAAUGCUAUUGGAGUAUAAUAUAAGUGGUACUAUGUGGAGAAAUGGUGGAUCUUAUAAGUCAAUUCAUCAUUCAACGAUAGUGUUUACACCUGGAUUUACCUGUGCCGUGUGUUGUACAUUAUAACCAAGGACUCAAACAAGCUUUGCGGCCAAAAUGGAAGUCACAACGAGAACCGUGGCUUCACGUUUUAACAUAAUUAUUCCACAUAGGACGUUGCAUCGAAUUCUAUUUUUACUGUUAGUACAUUUUUUAGUGGAAUUUGCACAGGGAAAUGGCCCAGGUGACGACCGAGUGAACUUUGAGACAUUAGAAGGUUUACCCCCAGGUACGACUGUGGGGGUCAUUCCAGUCCGACCGGGUUACACUUAUCAGUUGGAUAGACCCAGUGACUAUUUUGCUUUAGAUAUUUCCUCAGGUGUGUUAAAAAAUAAACAAAUUUUAGAUCGGGAUUCUUCCAAGUUUUUUCAAGAUGUCAUAAAUUUAUUUGCCCUUGGUUCAAAAUCUUCUAACCCUCCCCACCCAGUGGAAAUCUUAAUCAAAAUUUUAGAUAUAAAUGACAAUAAUCCGGUGUUCCAGGAGCAAACUAUGAAUAUAACUUUUUCCGAAAACGCAAAAGGUUCGCAACACAUCAUAGUGACUGCGACAGACAUUGAUUUAGGACCAAACGGAACUGUGUCUCAAUAUGAUAUUAUUUCUGGAAAUCAUGAAGGAAAUUUUAAAUUAGUUAUUCCAAGUUCUAAUUCCCCUUUCAUGUAUAUUGAAACUUUAAAGAGUUUAAAUCGUGAAACAAAAGACCAUUAUUUGUUGAAUAUAUCAGCGAGGGAUAAUGGUAUUCCUCCACUUUACGGAUUUCUGUUAGUCAACAUAUCAGUUUCAGACAUUAAUGACAAUCCCCCAAGUUUUACUGCCGGAGAAUAUACAACUAAAAUAUUAGAAAAUGCCCUCAUUGGAACUUCUGUGAUACAAGUAUUAGCCACCGAUGCGGACAUCGGUCUUAACAAAGAAAUUAUUUACAGUUUAUUAGACGAUACAGGUCAAUUUUCCAUCGAAGAAGAUACUGGCAUCGUGCGUUCACAGACUAAACCUCUUAAAUGUAGUCGUGUUUGUGGGAAGUCUCUAACCUGUAGUCCGUAUAGUUGUCUGUUGACUGUACUGGCUGAAGAUAAGGGUUCCCCAUCCUUAUCCGACCGCGCCUACAUCACCAUCAGUAUAGUCGAUACAAAUGAUCAUAGUCCGGUUAUCACUUUUGAUCAUGUUCCGGAUCCAUCAAAAGAUUAUUCUUCUGUAGAUGAAAAUACAGAGUCAGGAAAGCGUGUUGCAUCAAUCAGUGUCCAGGAUGCAGAUACUGGCAUCAAUAGUGAAACUAUAGUACGAAUUACGCGAGGAAAUGAACUUGGACAUUUCAAACUCAUGAGUAUUUUUUCCCUAAACAUUGUUCGAGUAGCUGGACAUUUAGAUCGUGAAAAACUUGGAAUCUACAAUUUAACUGUUGUUGCAACUGAUAAAGGUAUUCCACCCAGAAGUUCAACAGCUUUUCUCAUCAUCAAGAUUAAUGAUGCUAAUGACCACGCCCCGGUAUUCAAACAAUCCCAAUAUUCUGUCAGUCUACCGGAAACAUCCCUCCCUGGCAGCUUUGUAGCCAGCGUUCAGGCAACUGACCAAGACUAUGGAUUAAAUUCCGACCUGGUUUAUUCAAUUGAUGAUGGUAAUGCAUUGAAUUGGUUUGAAAUUGAUAGUGCAACUGGACUAAUUACAAUCAAAACUCCAUUAGAUCAUGAAAAGCAGGCAAAGGUCCACUUAAAUGUCUCAGCACAAGAUGGUGGUUCGCAACCUUUUGUUAGCCAUGCAUCAGUUGUUGUGACAAUAUUGGAUGAAAAUGAUGAAAUACCAACUUUUAACCAGUCUGUUUACAAUUUGAAUAUGGAUGAAAAUUUGAAUGCUGGAAGAGAAGUAUUGGCUGUUCAAGCAGAAGAUGGAGAUAAUGGAAUAAAUGGAUCGGUCUCAUACAGUUUUCAUCCAGAUGUUGAUAGUCUCUAUCCUGGAACAUUUCGUUUGAACACAGAUUUGGGGAUCAUAACAGCAUUAAAGUCUUUUGAUAGGGAGACUGUUUCCUCCUACAAAAUUCUUCUCAUUGCCAGUGAUCACGGAAAUCCAUCCCUCUCCUCCACUGCCACUAUUAAUCUCAUGGUUAAUGAUCUUAAUGAUAAUGCUCCCCGAUUCUACCCAGAGAUUAUUUUUGGAAACGUUCAGGAAAAUCGUCCGUCUGGUACUGAAGUAGUUCGAGUGGCUGCAGUUGAUCCUGAUGAAGCUGAAAAUGGUAAAAUAACAUAUUCCUUUGGUAGCAGUGAUUUUAACAGUUUUCUUAUUGAUUCUGGAACUGGUUCGAUUAGAACUACAAAACAACUAAGUCGCAGCACAGCCCAGUCAUAUGAAUUGACCAUUGUAGCAACAGAUGGAGGUGGAAGAGUCUCUGAUAAGAAUGCUGUAGUCAAAGUUUCUGUUACCAAUGUAGAUGAUAUUGCUCCUGUUUUUGGUCAACAGUUUUAUUCCUUCCGAAUUCCAGAAGAUGGAGACAGUGAUAUAGCUCAGAUAGGUCGUAGAGUUGGUCAAGUUUCUGCCACAAGUAGAAAUGCAGCUGGUGGAGUCACGUAUGCUAUAGCAGGAGGAGAUCCUCUAGGCACCUUUGAAAUCGACACAAGGACUGGCGAAAUAACCACCAGUAAAAAGGUAGAUAGAGAAGUCCAAAGUCUGUAUAGCUUAAAAAUCAUCACCAUGGCAGGAUCCAAAUUUAGAGAUGUCACAGUGAAUGUUACAGUUUCUGAUGUCAAUGACAACUCUCCCAAAUUCAGGUCUUCAGCUGUGACUACUAAUGUAAUUGAAAAUUGGCCCAUUGGACACAACAUUUUCCUUGCGGAAGCAGCUGAUUCUGACGAAGGUGAGAAUGGAAGAGUUACAUAUAGAUUACAGUCCAAUUCAAACAUGUUUGCCAUUGUUGAAUCAACAGGAGUCAUUUAUUUAAAGAAAGUCAUCAGUAAACUGACCCCUUCCAACACUAAUCUGAAAAUCAUUGCUACUGAUGCAGGCUCACCCCAGAAAUCUGCUUCCAUGGAAUUACGUGUCAAUAUUGUAGAUGUCAAUGAUCACACUCCUGUUUUCCAACGUAACAGAUAUGAAGUGUCAAUUCCUGAAUCAAAACCUGUCAAUGAGCACAUUUUCAAACUUUUUGCUACUGAUGGUGAUUCAGGUCGUAACAGUGAAAUGUAUUUCAAAAUCGUUCGUGGGAAUGAAGGUAAUACAUUUGGAAUAUUCCCAGAUGGCAGCAUGUAUGUAGCUCAUGCUUUGGACAGAGAAAAACAAGAUUUGUACAUGGUGACUGUUGUUGUGUGUGAUAGAGGAGAAAUUUCCAGGAGUUCGACUGCUAACAUCACAAUUAAUAUACUUGAUGAUAAUGACAACCCACCAAUCUUCAUGAACUCAACCUUCAAUCUCUACAUUCAUGAAAAUCAACCAGUAAAUACUUUCAUUGGUCAAGUAAAGGCUAAAGAUGCUGAUGCUGGCCGUAACUCUGAAUUGAGUUAUUGGUUAGAUGGUCAGAAGAACUUCACAAUUGAUGUUCCUAGUGGCAGAAUAUUUACCAGCAAAUCUUUUGAUAGAGAACAAGUCAUAAGGACUACUAGUGGUGAUUACUACUCAUUCUAUGUAUAUGUUCGAGAUGAUGGAGUACCUCAGAAGCAAGCUCGGGCUCUUGUAAAGGCUCAUAUUCUGGAUGAAAAUGACAAUGCUCCUCUCUUUCCUCGCAAUAGAUUUACAGCUUCAAUCAAAGAAAAUGCCCAAAAGUACACGAACAUCACCAUUUUAGCAGCUCAGGAUUUAGACAAUGGUAAUAAUGCAUUGAUCAGAUAUAGCAUUGCUGAUGGAAAUGAAGAAGAGAAGUUUAAAAUCGAUGAAAGAUCUGGUCAGGUAGCAUUAAUAAAUAGAUUAAAUCGUGAGGAAAAGGAUAUGUAUCGUCUCCUUGUUGUUGCCAAAGAUUCAGGAAAGAAAAUUCAGCACAGCUCAUCAGCAACAUUGGAUAUUACAGUAACUGAUUUUAAUGAUGAAAGGCCAAUAUUUCUGAAUGCUUUGCAACAAGUUCAAGUUUCUGAAUCCACAAACCUAGGUCAUCUGAUCGCUUCCUUCUCCGCCACAGACAAAGAUAUUGGAAACAAUGCAGUUCUCUUUUAUAACAUUGUGGCAGGCAAUGACGAAAACAUCUUCAACAUUGAUGCUCACACUGGACGAAUGUACUUAACCAGAAUGCUAGACUUUGAACGUAAAGCUCAAUAUGAUUUGGAUAUUCACGUUUCUGAUGCAGGGUCCCCAUCUUUAUCAUCAACUAUGAGAUUUGUUGUGAAUGUUGAGGAUGAGAACGACAAUGGUCCGGUAUUCCAAGACACUUCUUCUUCAGUCUCCAUCUCUGAAGGCAAAAAGGUUGGAAGUAGUCUUACAAUUGUAAGAGCCACUGACAAAGAUUCUGGCCUAGGGGGUGAGGUCUUUUAUUCCAUUGCCAAACAAGAACCAGUCGGCAACAACUUCAGGAUAGAUGAAAACACAGGUCAAAUUUUCAUAAAAAAGGAAAUAGAUCGUGAAGAAAAUGACAUGCUGAAAAUAACGGUCUUAGCAAUGGACAAAGCGAUGCCCGAAACUACCAGAAAAUGGUCAGAAAAGGUUAUUUCUGUGAUUGUUCAAGACAUUAAUGAUCAUGCUCCAGUUUUUGAAUCCAUGAAUGCUGUUAUCCUUCUUGCCGGUAGUACUAGAGGUGAUAAGGUCACCACGGUUUUAGCUACAGACCCUGACAGUGGUGACAAUGGACAGGUUUCGUAUGAUAUUGUUGGAGGUGAUACAUCUUUAUUUUCCCUUCAGUCUACAAGUGGGGAACUUUUGCUAUCUCAAGAAUUACCAUCAUCUGCAAUCAGUUACAAAAUAACUGUUCGAGCCAAAGAUAACGGGGGUCGAGAUGUACUGGGACAAAAGUCAACGAGGAUGGACAUCACCAUUAUUAUUUCUAACCCUAACAAUAAUGGUCCAGUAUUUUCUAACAUUCUCUCUGGAACCAUCUACGAAAAUGAAGCACCAGGGAAAAGUAUCUUGACCCUCAAAGCUACAGCAAGUCAAACUGGCGUUACUGUGGAGUAUUAUGUGACCAACAUCACAUCAAAUGGAAUUUCACAACCAAGACUGUACACUGUGGAUAAAUUAAAUGGAGUAUUGAAAACAACGCAAGAGAUGGAUAGAGAAGUUUUGCCAGAAUUAUAUCAAUUAGAAGUCACUGCUAUGGAAGUCGGCGGAAAUUCACCAAGAAUAAGAACUGUAAAGGUGCAAGUUCGAUUACUGGAUAAAAAUGACUCGCCACCAAGAUUUACCAGCCAGUUUUAUUCUGUCAGUAUUUCUGCUGAUCAGGAAGUAGGGAAGAGUUUUACAAGAGUUAGUUAUGAUGAUGCUGAUAGUGUUGGUGCUGCUACGGUAAAACUACUUGAUGUUGAUGAUAGUGAUUUGUUUUCUAUUGAUAAACAGACAGGUGCCAUUUCUACCAAACAGCGUUUGGACAGAAGCAGAAGAUCUGUUUAUAAAGUGGCAGUAGAAGCUACUGAUGGAUUUCAAAGCAGCCAGACCACUGUCCAAAUCACAGUUCGAGAUCAUAAUCCAUCAUUCAAUCAAUCAUUUUAUUCUUUUGAUGUCCCUGAAGAUACUGCCGUAGGAACAACCAUUGCUAGUGUGGUUGCAACUGAUUUGGAUGAGGGUCCAGAAGGUCAUGUGACUUAUGAGCUGCAGUCUGAUUGGGGAAAAGAUAAAUUCCGUCUAGACGCCACUCUGGGAACCUUCAUGUUGAUCGAUAGAUUGGAUUUUGAAGAGAUACAGCUUUAUACCCUGAAAGUUAUAGCCAAAGAUGGCAGUAUUCCACCAAGAUCUGCUACAGUUAUGGUCUAUAUGAAUGUAAAAGAUUAUAAUGAUAAUGCUCCACUGUUUGAAAGAGAGACAUAUCAGGCAGUAAUAGCAGAAAAUGCCGUUUUGGGAUCCAGUGUUACUGAUGUCACAGCUGUAGAUAAAGAUUCAGGUAUCAAUGCUGAAGUACGUUACAGUUUAAUUGGAGGUGAUGGACUACAAGAAUUUGGUAUUGGAAGCAUCAAUGGUACCAUCUUUACUACUGGACAUCUGGAUAGAGAAACAACACCUCAAUAUAGUCUCAUUAUACAAGCUACAGAUCAAGCUGAAGAUAAAAAUCAACGAAUGUCCUCAAUUGGAACCGUGAUAAUUACCCUGCUAGAUGUUAAUGAUAGUCCUCCAGAAUUUGUAACUCCUAAUGUAACUUAUGUCAUGGAAAAUUCUCAGAGAGGUUCAGUUGUUUUUACUGUGAUCGCAACAGACAAGGAUGAAGGAGACAAUAGUAAGGUCGACUACAGUUUGACCUCAGCACCAGUGUUGGGGAAUCCUUUUACUUUAAAUUCCAAUUCUGGAGAUCUAAAAGUGAAUCAGGAUUUAGAUCGUGAAACUUUGGCCAACUAUUCAUUACAGAUACUAGCCAGGGACCAUGGAAAUCCACAGCUUUCUGCUAUUCAAAACUUGGUCAUUCUUUUGGGAGAUGAUAAUGACAAUCCACCAAUAUUUUCCAAAACGCUUUACACAAAAACAGUGGCAGAAAACAUUAGCAUUGGAACCAGCCUUCUAAAAGUUUUGGCCACUGACGCCGAUGAAGGAUUAAAUGGAAUUGUUCGUUAUUUUAUAAUUGCUGGGGACGAUAAUUAUGAUUUCAAUAUGGAUAUGAGCAGUGGUGUUUUGCGUGUUCAGAAAGCUUUGGAUUAUGAGCGAAUGACCAGCUAUAGCUUGACUGUGUUAGCAGAAGACAGCAGUAUCACUAAACCAAUAAAUUCAACCACAAAAGUUUUCAUAAAUAUCACUGAUAUCAACGACUUUGAACCGAUCUUCGUUGAUUCUCCAUAUUACGCGUAUGUUCAGGAGAACAUGAAUGAAUUACCAGUGCAUGUGAUUCAAGUUUCAGCAACAGAUGAGGACUCUGGUUCCAAUAGUCGACUUAUAUACGCAAUCCGGAGCGAGGAAGAGGAACGGAAAAUAUUCUCAAUGAAUUCUUCAACAGGGGAGAUAACAGCUAAUCUGAAGCUAGACCGAGAGAAGAACAAGGAGUACGAUCUGAUUGUAGUUGCUUUUGAUAGAGGUCAUCCACGUUUGACAGGAUCGGGCACUGUAACUGUUUUUGUUAAAGAUGCAAAUGAUCAUGCACCAGUAUUUGAGAGUAACGGUCCUUAUACAGGUCAUGUGACAGAAAACCUACCUCCCAAUACAGAAGUUUUAACAGUACGAUGUACAGAUGAAGAUGAGGGCGUCAAUGCUCAGAUUGUUUACAGCCUUGAAGACUCUGCCGACGGCAAAUUUACCAUUCUGCCUGAUUCUGGACGUAUUAUUACAUUAGAGAGAUUGGAUCGAGAGGUAGAAGAUAUGUAUUAUUUAACAGUGAUUGCUUCUGAUCAGGGAAUUCCCCCACUGACGGUAGCCAGUCAAGUAAUAAUAUAUGUUGACGACGACAACGAUAACGAGCCACAGUUUGAACAUCGUAAUUAUACACAGAUGAUAUUAGAUGCCACUGAAGCAGGAGAAUUUGUAUUGGGUGUAACAGCAUUGGACAGAGAUAUUGGUAAUAAUGGUAAGGUGACAUACAGACUAGAAGGACAAGAUGCCAGCAUGUUUAAUAUUAACACAAAUACAGGUGUUAUUACAGCGGCUCAAAGACUUUCAGGCAACGCCAUAACUUACAUCUUCAGUGUCCGGGCUACAGAUCAGGGUGAGAACACAAGGAGCCAGAUAGUAUCUGUAGCAGUAAGAAUACAGAGAGUAAACAAUGCUGUGAAACCUGCUUUUAGUCCCUUCCCUAACAACCUGCAAUUACCAGAAAAUACCAUUGUUGGAUUCUUUCUCACCACAGUCAUAGCAACAUCUUCAAGAACUGGUUCUGUUACAUAUCAUAUUGCAGGUGGCAAUGUUGGACAGGGAUUUGCCAUUGAUAUGAAAAAUGGAAGUGUGACUGUUGCUGGAAAAUUGGAUUAUGAAAUAGCUGAAACCAUUAAUCUAUGGAUUGAGGCUAGAGAUGGUGGUACACCCUCCGUCUCAUCUUACAGACAGCUGCCAAUUGGAAUCCAAGAUAUAAAUGACAACACUCCAAGAUUCAAGCAGAGUUUCUAUGACGAACAUAUAAGUGAAAAUGUUGGAAAAGGCACGACUCUGGUAAGAGUUGAGGCAUCUGAUGAUGAUUCUGCAUCCAAUGGUCAUGUGGUUUUUGCUUUGACGGGUGGAAACAAGAAUAACACUUUUGUUAUUGAUAGCAAUCGAGGCAUAAUUACCACUAAUAAUAUUGUUGACAGAGAAAGCAUUGAUUUGUUCCAUUUGGUUAUUGAGGCUUCAGAUAUGGGUUCACCUAACAAGAGAACAUCAACUGCUACUGUGAAAGUCACCGUUCUUGAUAUAAAUGAUAAUCGACCUAAAUUUACGAACCAAUUCCAAGUUUCAGUACCAGAAGACAUGAGCGUUAACAGUAUAAUAAUACAAAUAACUUCCACAGAUAAAGAUAUUAACGAGAAUGCUGUCGCUAAUUACGAACUUUUGAAUACAACCAACAAAUUUGCUAUUGAUAGAGUGAGUGGAAAUUUAACAAUUAGGUCAAAAUUGGAUGCUGAAGAAAAAGAUACCUAUUCUCUAAUUGUUCAAGCUGUCGAUGAAUCUUUCAGUGUAAAAACUUAUGUCAGUGUGAGGAUUCUAGAUGUAAACGAUAAUGCACCAAUUAUUGCCCAAAGCACAAUGAGAUUUGAUCUCCAUGAACAAAAGCCACCUAAUUUUCCCGUAGGAAAGCUGUUAGCCUCAGAUCGAGAUAUCUCCAAACCUAAUAAUCAAUUCUUCUUUUCGUUGAAAAGACCAUCAACUUUUUUUGACCUGGAUGCUGAAACAGGAACUGUAUCUGCUCUUAACACGAUGACAUUUAUCCAUGGAGAAGAUGGACCAUCAUCAGCCAAUCACCAUUUACUUGAUGUCGUAGUAACAGAUUUUGGCACUCCAGCCAUGUCUUCUGAAGCUCAAAUCAUCAUUAACAUCAUAGAUGCAAAUAAUUAUGCUCCUGUCUUUGAAGAAAAGAGCUACACCUCAGCUGUUCCUGAAAAUGCCAGAAUUGGUGAUCCCAUCAUCAGAGUUGUUGCUAAGGACGUUAAAGACUUUGGAAUCAAUGCAGAAAUAUUUUAUGUUCUAGUUGGGGGGAAUGGAACAUCUUAUUUUGAUAUCAAUAGAGAAACCGGCGAGUUAUCAGUUGCUGCAUCUGUAAAUGGUCAAAGAAACAGAGAUUUUGCUCUUUUUGUUGAAGCUCGUGAUAAAGGUCAGCCCACCCAGUCAGUAUCCACAACUGUUCUGCUACAAGUUACUGAUGUUAAUAAUGAUGCUCCUACAUUCGUUAAUGGAGUCUUUGAAGCAGCACUCAGAGAGGAUGUCACUGUUGGCCAGAGAGUUGGAACUGUGAGAGCUACUGACAAUGAUGAUGGACUAAAUGGACAAGUACAAUACAUGAUCAAUGGUGGAGAUCCUGAGGAGCUUUUCACUAUUGGCAAAUCAUCAGGAGUUAUCAACACUGCAAAGAAGCUUGAUUAUGAGAAAAGUUUUGUUCACAGCCUGAACAUCACGGCUCGAGAUAUGGGACUUCUGUACAAGGAAACCUCAAGGAUUUUUACAGUACGUAUCCAGGAUGUUAAUGACAACCCACCUUAUUUUUCUGAAAACAUUCUUAGCGGGAAAGUUCCUGAAAAUUCUCCUCGUGGAACGGAAAUAUUCCAAGUUAAAGCUACUGAUGUUGAUACUCCUCCCAAUGCUGUUAUUCAGUAUUCCAUAACAGACAACAGUCAGGACAGAUCAAUGUUCGAUAUUAAUGCAAACACUGGCAUGAUAUCUUUACAAGGAUCAGUGGAUUAUGAGAGCAAGACAACUUACACCAUAUAUGUAGCAGCCUUUAACCCUGGAAGUUCUUCUUCAACUUUAAAAUCAGUCAUCCAAGUUUUCAUCUAUGUCACCAGUGUCAAUGAGUUCAAACCUAAAUUUGUUCAGAAACAGUAUUCAUUUAAUGUGAGUGAAUCCGCACCAGUUAACACUAGUCUUGGAUACGUGCUUGCAUCAGACGAAGAUGCAGGUGCUGAUAAAGUAGUUUACUAUUACCUCAUUGGCUCUAGUAACAUGAGAGGGUUUGGAAUUAAUUCAAAAACGGGCAUCAUCUUUGUCAAUGGAAGACCUGAUUAUGAAUCAUCACCUGAGAUCAUCUUAGAUGUUCUGGCUAAAAAUCGUGGAAGUGUUGUUGGUGAUGAUACAGAUCAAUGUCAAGUACGUAUAGAUAUUGAAGAUGCCAAUGACCCGCCAGUCUUCUCUCAAGAUGUUUACACUGGAUUGGUUCCAGAAAAUUCUGCAGCAGACACCAAUAUUAUUAAAGUGAAUGCAACUGAUUAUGAUAUUCAACCUGAAAAUCGUCAAUUUACAUACACAAUUCUUGGAGGAAACAGUGGUGGAUGGUUCUGGAUAGAUCGUGUAUCGGGUUUGAUCAAGACUACUGGUCAGGGUGUUCUAGAUAGAGAGACUACAUCAGUUUAUAAUAUAACAGUUGGUGCUGUUGACUCGGGGCGACCACCGCAAACAGGUACUGCUCAAGUGAGAAUUGAACUCCAAGAUGUAAAUGAUAAUGGUCCAAUAUUUGAUCCUUUUACAUUGAUGGUUAAUUUUACUGAAACAAAUAUUGAUGGUACUAGAGUUGUCAGUUUAUCACAACACACAACUGACCCAGACUUAGCACCUAACCAAGGACCAUACCGAUACCAAGCCUUGUCCAGUCCUUCAAAUUCAGCUUUUGACAUUCAACAGAAUGGUCUAGUCCAGACACGAUCCAUCAUCGAUCGGGAAAGUGUUGAUCAUUAUGUCGUCCCAGUUCAAGUCACAGAUAAUGGACAACCUAGAAGAACAUCAACCUUAUCCUUCACCAUUUCAGUAGCAGACGUAAAUGACAGUCCACCGGAGAAACGACCCUUAACAAUUCUAUUUAAUGUUUUGGACAAGACCCCAUCAUCAGGUAAAAUAGCUGAUGUUCGUCCUCUUGAUGACGAUCUGAUCGGUGAUUAUUCUUGCACCAUACAGAGUGGUAGUGGCUUCACCAUCCCUUCCAAGUGUGACUUACAUGCAUCCAGUAAUCCACAAGCAAAAACUUAUCGAAUAACAGUUUCAGGUUCUGAUGGCUUAAAUGGGCAAGUCACCUAUGAUGUCACUGUUCAGGUUUCUAAAUUUACUAACUCUACGUUAGAAGACUCUGUUGCCAUUCGACUAUCAAAAAUAAAUGUAAAAGACUUUCUUACAAAUAUUUAUUCCAAAUUUAUGAAUUCGAUGAGGAAUCUUCUUGGCAGUGACAAAUCAGUUCUUGUGUUCAGCAUACAAAGCUUGGAUACAGAUUUAUUGGUUUAUGUAGCAGUUAUGGAUAAUACUGGUGGCCAUCUUUCAAGGGAAAAUUUGGACACCCUCCUGAAAAAUAAUCUGAACAACAUUGAAACAUCAACGAGUGCAGUGAUUAAGGAGACCUCCUACAGUCCAUGUUAUGAUGAAAUGUGUAAAAACGGUGGUACUUGCAAAUACAACAUCCUGAUGGGAGAAAAUUACCAAAUUCAAGAUUCAGAUCAUCUUAUUCUGACGUCGCUUGUUCCAGACUUUAAGACAUUCUGUGAAUGCCCACCAUCUUACACUGGUGAUUUCUGUGAGAUUCCGAUGGGACCAUGUGGUGAUACUUAUUGCUACAAUGGUGGAAGCUGCCAGACUAUCAAUGGAAAGGAACAGUGUCAUUGUACAAAUGGCUGGGAUGGUCCCAGCUGUCAGCUAGACAAGAAUGAAUGCAAAAACGAUCCAUGUCAAAAUGGCGGCACUUGUGUCAAUUUGGAAGGUUCAUUUAAAUGUAAAUGUGUGUCUGGUUUUCAUGGUAACCUGUGUGAAUCCAGUUACUAUUGUGCUAGCAUGCCAUGCCAAAAUGGUGGUACUUGCAGGAACCUUGACAACGGUUUUAUCUGUGAUUGUGUCUUUGGAUAUUUUGGUAACAAAUGUAAUCAAUCUAGUGUUGGCUUUGCCGAAGGAUCUUAUUUAGAAUUUACACCAAUCCAGGAUUAUUCAUCUGUUGAUAUGCAUGUUUAUUUUUCUACGGUUCAAGAAAAAUCGUUAAUAUUGUUUAACCCUGUCAUUGUGGAUCAGACAGAUGUUGGGUUUCUGGCAGUUGAGGUGAUAGAAGGAUUUGUCCGUUUCUCAAUUAAAUUAGGAACAUUGAACCCAACUCGGCUGCAAGUCAACACCAAAGUAUCAAAUGGUAAAUGGUACAGACUAGAUGUACAAACUAGUAGAGACGUGGCCAUAUUGAAAGUUGUGGUCUGUAAUGAGGGAGCCACAUCCUGUAACCAGUGUGUUGGACAGAAUCCUUCCUGCUAUGAUUCUAAAGCUCUCAAUUUUGGGAACCAUUUUGUACAAGGGUUAUUAUUGAGUAUUGGUGGUGUGAGUAAAAUUGAAAAUAUCUUAAGUAAUGGAAGAGACAUCUUAUCCCACGAUUUUAUUGGCUGUAUGCACAGUUUUAACGUCAACGGACUGAAUGUUCUCAGUACAGAGCUGGCAUCGAAACAUCAAGGAAUUUCUGCCUUUUGUCCCAGAAGAUCAUUUGAUAGUCCCUGUACUACGACUAAUUGUGGUAAUGGCGGAAGCUGUAUCGAUGAAUGGGCAUCUGCUCGGUGUCAGUGUUCUGACAGUUACAUGGGAAAAACUUGUGAACAAGAAUGGGAACCGUUUGGUUUUGCAUCUGAUGCCAAAGUCACCUUUAAACUACGUGAAACAUAUCGUAGAGAUCAACUAUUGGCUGAUUCAUCAGGACGUAAAAAACGGGCGACCAAGACGUCAGAGGUAUUCAUCAGACUUCGAACAGUUGAAGAAAAUGGAGCCAUAUUCUAUUCCACAACUGUUGAUACCAAAUGUGUUUUAUGGCUUGAAAAGGGAACAUUACGUUUUGUACUGACACCACCAAAAGCUGUGAAUGAUCCUUUAGAUAUGGAUGCUGUAUUAACAGAUGGCAAAUGGCACAACAUCACCAUUACAUCGAUUGAUAAUGUAUUUGUUUUAAGUGUUGAUGAACAAAGAUCAGAACCUAAAGAUUUUGGAGCUGGUUUUAUCUUUUCAUCAAUGGAUGUGAAGGAGAUGGCAUUGAGUGGUGAAAGGGUAGUUCCUCCGUCUGGACAAAGAGUUGUUGGUUUGGAUGGUUGUAUAUCAGAGUUCCGUGUUGACAAACAAAAGCUACCAUUUGAUGGAAAAACAGAUAAGUACGCUAUUACUAUAAACGGAAGCGUGGAGACAGGAUGUAAGGCUUUGUGUCUAGAUAAUCCGUGUGGUGCUGGAAAUGUUUGUGAUAUUCGUGGAGAAGCUUUUGUGUGCCGACAGUUGGCUGGUGGCCCUGGUGGACUUGACACUGGAAUUAUUGUAGUGAUUGUUUUCUUUGUGAUUCUUAUUAUUGCGAUUUUGAUAGUGUUCAUAUUAUUCCGUCGACGCAGAAGUAUGUUCCCAUGCAAAGGCAAUGACGCCAAGACGAACAAAACAAAUGGAGCUCUAGGAAGAGACACCACUGAUUCGACGUUACGAGGAAUGCCAAUUUAUGCAACAAGAAAUGAGGAAUUGCUUCAAAAUCAAUUAACGGAAGAGCUAAACUACCACAAAAAUUCGGCUCUUUCUUCUAGGCCUGAUCUCAUUGGUUCAAAUUAUGUUGGUCGUCCAGGCUCGCGUCCAUUAAUGAUAGAUGAUGGAACAGUGAUUAUAGAAAAUGGAGAAUUAGAACAAAUACAAUUGGCAGACGACGAAAUGCCAGAACAUUAUGAUUUAGAAAAUGCCAGUAGUAUAGCGCCAUCAGACAUUGAUGUAGUGCAGCAUUAUAAACAAUACAGAAGUGGGGAGGGACCUCGUUAUCGACAGCAUCCCCACAUGCGUCCCCAUAAUUCUCAUAGACCUCGGGAGAGUCCAUUAACAGUGUCUGGACGACCUCCCUCCGCACUUUCACGAGAAAGUCCCAAUAUUCAUAAUUUCCAAAACAGUGCUCAUUUAAGACAAUCACCUGUAUCAGUCACUGGUUCAGCGUUAUCAAUGCCUUCACGGCCAAAUCCACACAAAUUAAACAAUGGCGCAAAUCGCCCGAGCUCAGCUCAAGCAGUGUAUAUUCAUGGACCUCAUCACAGAAAUAGUCCGAUAACUCAAUUAAAUAUUCGUCAAAAUCCACAACAUAAUAGCAGUCGUAGUUCACUAGGUAGCCAUCAUAGCCACAGCACAAACUCUUCAGUUCCAAGAAACAAUCUCAGCAAACCCCUGCGUAAUGGUAAACCCAAACAUGUGAAGGGAUUAACUGUUGAAGAGAUUAAUAGACUAAAUGCUCGACCAGGCCCACCGAGUCCUGCUAGUUUACAAGAAGCCAUGUCUUCUUCUAGCGAAGGUAAACGAAAACUUAAAAUGAAGCCAGUUGAACUCAUACAUGGGGACGGUAGCAUUUUACUUGAACCUCCAGAUUCUAGUUCGAGCGAUAGCGGUGCUAAUGAUUCAUUCACAUGUUCGGAAUUCGAAUAUGAAAACGAUCAUCGAACAAGAAAUGACUUUGAUCCAGAAACAAUGAUAUUUUCUAAGUUGACAGAAGUGGAUAAUGAAACUGAUGACAUUCCUGUGCAGAACCGAAGUAAUUCCGACGGCAUGCAUUCUAACUGUGAUUCAUUUACGAGCACGCUCAUGUCAUCCGAGGAACAUUUUCUUCCCCAAAAAGGACCUAAUGGAGCAUUCAAUAUAGACUCGUUAUUAAAUUGGGGGCCGAAUUUUGAUAAAUUAGUGGGUGUGUUUAAGGACAUUGCUUUACUGCCAGAUACAGAGACACAGCCUCUUGAAGGUGGAAUUACAACAGAUCAUGAAGAAUACGUGUGAAAACUGUUAAAAAUUUAAAAUAUUUAAAUAAAAACUGACAAUGCAAACUUCAUUGUAGAAUAAAAAGAAAUAUUUAUCGUGUACUUCAAAUUUGUACUUGAUGUGUGACAUUCUUUAAUGUUUUAUGUAUUUAUAACCAAAAAGUGUUUUUCUGUACUUAAAAAAAGUUUUGAUAUUCCUGAACUGUUUACCGGUACUUUUUAUAAUAUUUUAGAAUACUUUAAAUCAUCAGUUUUCAUUGAAAUUUGAUCAUAAGGUCAAAGAACCAGAGUGUUCUAAUAUCAUCUUCACAAGCCAUGAAUAUCUUUUUUCAUAGACUCUAGCUGGAUUGAGACUACUGCAUAUUAUUUAAUUAUGAUGUAAACAUUUGUUCAUCUUAAAAAAUAUUAAUUAAAGAAUUGGCUAAAUACAAAAUAAUGCAAUAGAUUCACUAAUUUAUUAAGAAUUGAAAGUCCAAAAAUUAUUGAGAAGUGGCAUCCAGUGUCUAAAACACUCUGGUUUUUAAAUAGAAAUCAUGGUUAGAGACAGUUUCUGUAAAUGUGUGUGUCUGUAUGGAAUGACUUUAGUUGAUGUAUGAUAAAUAAAUUAUUUACACCUUUCAAAUCAAAUGCUCUGACAUUUUGAAUUUUAACUGCUGAGGUUCAUCAUGCAAUAUUUUAUACAUGCAUAUCAUCCUUUAUAUAUAUAUAUACAUAUUUCAUUCUUCUUUUUUUUAUCUCUAAAUUAGAGAUUUCCAGAUAUAUCAUGCUCUUGCCAAAUAAUGUAUUUUUAUAACCUAUGAAAAGUUUAUCAAUGUUCGAAGUUACGUAAGUCUUUUCACAAAUACCUAAUAAACAAAAAGUAAAUAACACUAAGUGCUUAAAUUAAUUAAAAUAUAACAUAAAUAUCCCACACUUUUCUUAGUUUCAAUUAAAUGGGGGGAAAAGCUUUAGAUGUGUAUUUGAUUUUGAAUUUUAAAAAAAACAACUGAUAUUGUACAUAUAUCUAUUUUGUGUUUUUAUUUUAAAUUGUGUAGUUAGUAUUUGCCUUUUAAAGACAAGCUAUGCAAUGUUUUAAGUUAAGAUCUGUAUUUGUGUAUUUAAUUCUUUUUUUAUUUUUCAACUUGUUUUGUUCACUCUACAGCUGUAUUUGUGUAUUUAAUUCUUUUUUUAUUUUUCAACUUGUUUUGUUCACUCUACAGCUUGAAAAUUAAAAAUAUUGUUUCAUUAUUUUGUAUAUUUUUUGUAAUUAUUUCACCAGUCCAAUUAAAUUGUGAAUAUUUAAGUUUUUACAUGUAAGAAUAAUAUAGUAAUUUUGUAUAUUGUAAAAAAUGAUAAUUCAAAUUUUAAAAUAAAAUAUAAUAUGAAUAUAUAUAUGUACAUUAUCUUGAUUUUUAUGCCUAUAUACGUUCUUUGAGCUGCAUAAUAGAUUUCUUCUCCUCGCAAUAGCAGUAGAAAACCCAUCUUGAAAUAGUUUUAUAUCUGCAGGGUUCACAGUGUGACUUUUUGCACAUUUUUUCCGAAAGCCCAGAAGGUUUAUUCCAAAUUCCAAAUGCAAAAUUCCAAAUUCAUGUCUUACCAAUAAAAUAGAAAACUGGCAGCCCCCCUCAAUUAAACAAAUUAGAAUUUAAAUAAAUUGUAAUUUUACACAACUAAUUAGUGCUAGUUUACCUAUCUGAUGCCUGGGCCAGAUAAACACCCGUUCCAAAUUACUAGAUUCCAAAUUCGAAAUUCCAAAUGCCAAAUUCCAAAUUCGACAUAAUCACGUGACAUUACAAUCAUCAUGGCUGCUGCAGAGAAGAUAAGUGUCGCCGAUGUGGCAGAUUUGACCUAUAUGUUCAAUAUCUGUGGAACUUUUAAACUGUUCACAUCUGCCGAAGCAAACCGGAACUGGAAUA